AAGAAGCUGACAAAGAAGAUGAGGCAUAACAGGCCCAUUCCCCAUUGGAUUUGCAUGAGAACCAACAACACCAUUAAGUACAAUGCUAAUCGCAUGCAUUGGAGACGCACCAAGCUAGGGUUUUAA